UUAACCGAUCAUGGUACUAGAUGAUACAAGGCGAGGCUGCUCCGCCGCGGAGCCUCCGCGUUGUCUCACAAAUAUCGAUUGGUCCCCGGCAUGAGCCUCGCGCGCGUCAUGCGACAAUCAUGAGUAGCGUGUCUUCGCGCGACGACGUCAGCGAGUUUCGGGUCGCAAACGUGUCGCGGACAAUUCAGCGCAUAGGGUUAUCAGCUGUGUCGCUUUAGAAUGUCAUUGUAAUUUCUUAUUCAUAAUGGACCAUGCGCAAAGUACAAGUCAAUAUAUAAAUAUAAAAAUCAUAAGGCAGUUAUAUGUUGCCUAUGAUACUUUUCUUCAGAGAGUAAUAUGGAAAUGUCAAAAAUUCCGGCUACUGUAGGCAUUUCCGAUACAUACAGUUGAAGCAUACGAAAUCUGAAAUGGACUCACCGCCAUCAUGUUCAUUAAGUGCUGGGCCUCUUAGUGAUCUUGGUAGCAGUGGCCUAGGAGGUUCAAUAUCCAGUGAUUCUGUUCGAGCCCAUCUUGCAAUGGAGAUGCAAGAAAGCGACAUAGAAAGUAAGUCUCUAUCACAAGAUUCUUUCGAUUAUUCGGACGGUAUGUGCGGCGAGAAUUUCAACACGUUGAAGAAGGGUCCAGGCUGGAGCGACGCGGACGGCAAAUUGGAGGUCGAGGUGGUCGACGUGGCGAUCAAACCACCCCCGGAAUUUCAAGACAGUCCGUCGCCACCGGACUCGGAAUCCCUGUCUACGCCAAUAGUGAACUAUGCGCGACUGAUAAGGCAUAGAAUGCCGUGCUGGGUCGACGAUUACGCCGAGAAUCUGGUACAAGCCGCGAUAGAGGAGGCCCUGGUGAUCUCUUGUCGCAUCUCCUGGCCGGAAGGUAGAAUCGCGCCCGCUGCGAAUCCGAUUUCCGUGACGACACGGGCCCACCAGACCAAUUCUAAAUGUAUAUGGGACCUAAUGACGCCACCGGUGUGCCAGGGCGCCGCCACCAUCGCUAUCACGCCGUACAACACGCUGAAUCGGCCGAACUCACGCUGCUCCUUGGCCUCGUCGAGACUGUCCAGUUCGCAUAAUUCCAUAAAUACCUCCGGCCUCGGUCACAAGGCCGACGACAGCAGUUUCAUCACAUCCGCGAUGUCGCACGACGUACUGACCACCAGCGAGAUCAGCGACAUGUACAACGUGCCGUUUGACUCGGACAUCUACACGGUGCCGAUCGACAUGGUGCGACCUCUCCACGAUCUGCGGACCCCGCAAAGGCCGAAACGGCACCGGCACCACCGCAAGAGACGGCGAAACGUUUCCGCGAGCUCGCAGAGCGAGCUGGAGGCCCACAUCCAGCAGGCGCGCCACUACUGCGGCAAGUCCCGCGCCAUUACCCACGUCAUCAAGUCCCAGCGUUUGCUUGCCGACGUCUGCUGCAAUGAGGGCAACCCCUGUGGCAACGGUGGCGGCGGCGGCAAGCGGCACAGCGUGCCGGGCACCUCCGGUCGUCACAAUAUCAAAGCGUCGAACGGACACGCGCACAACAUUGGCGAGCCGAUUCACAUGACUCUGCACGAGGUACGACAGUACCUGCAAACAUUGUAUUCCAGCUCGAGCGACUCCAGCGAGAACAAGAUCAAGCGGGACAAGACGCCGCUGCUAGGACAUACGCCGGUACACCUUGCCGCGACAACCAAACCCCUCAGUAUAAAUAAUAAUAGGUAUAACAGUAAUGUGCAUACGGAUUCGUCCACGGAUACUCCGGUGUCCAACAAGAGCGCCAGUAACGGAAUGAUGAUUCAUCAUCAUAACAAUAAUAAUAACAAUCAUAAUAAUUCUAAUAACGCGAAGAAGCAUAAGAGAAACGCAUUCGUCAGCAUCAGGCAUAAGAAGGCGCGCGAUGAGUCGCACAAGGAGAAGAGCGAGUCCGAGCGGGAGAAGAUGAAGAAGAGUCAACGUAAUUUCUCCUUAAAUCUCAAGCAAACGCUCUGCAAUAUCUUCCGGUUUCGGCGACUGGGUUCGCCGGAUCAUUUUGUGGAAAAGCGCAGCAACAGCAUCGUUCAGGGUGAGAUCGUCGAGGAGGAGGAGAGCGUCGACUCUGAUCAGCACGCAAAUAAUAACAACACCGCUCCAUCUGAGACGGAACCGAGCGCGCAAAAAUUGCCGUUCUUCAAGCGAGCGUUGCCACCUCUGCCCAAAAGCAACAGCCAGGCGAAUGUCGAGCAAGCGGAAGAGGCCCUCACAGCGAUGGCACCCAAAUGCGAAUCUCCGAGCUUGAUACAGCAGCAAGUUUCUUCGCCCGCCGUGCGACUUGAGGAAGAUACCGCGGAGGACACGAGUAUGGACUUUGCCGCGAGUAUCGAAAAAGUCAAGGAUUACGGAUGGUACUGGGGACCUAUAUCCGGCGAAGCGGCGGAGAAGAUACUAUCCAACGAGCCAGAUGGUUCAUUCAUCGUACGGGACAGUAGCGACGACCAUUACAUUUUUUCCUUGUCGUUCAGACUUAACAGUUGCGUGCGACACGUAAGGAUAGAGCAUGAUCAGGGUAACUUCAGUUUCGGUAGCUGCACAAAGUUCAAGUCACACACCAUCGUCGACUUCAUCGAGAACGCGGUCGAGCAUUCGCGCAGCGGUCGGUACCUUUUCUUUCUGCAUCGGCGACCGGUUUUGGGUCCGAUGCGAGUGCAGCUGCUUCAUCCGGUGUCGCGAUUCAAGCAGGUACAAAGUCUGCAGCACACUUGCAGAUUCGUCAUCCUGAAGAUGGUACGUAGGGAUUUGAUCCCGACCCUGCCGUUACCGCGGCGGCUCAUCGACUAUCUCAGUACGCCCCAUUACUACAGCGAACAACUGGCGGCCCAAGAGCAGGACGACCGAGCCGAGUCGCCAGUCAGUUCGUCGACCGGCGAACUGGAGAAGAUCUGCUUCACGCCGCAGGGUCUCUCGUGAGGUACAGCCGUGUGAUUUUUUCCUCUUCCACUUUGCUCUUUGUGCAAAGACAUACCUGCACCAAAUGUUGCCCCUGAUGUUAAUAUACAAAUAUAUAUAUAUGUGUAUGUGUAUAUAUAUGCACAUAUGUAUACAAGGUGUCCCGUGACUCGAGAUCUAUAUAUUAAAGGCGUUUUAUUAAAGUUGUUUAAAGUUGAAAUUGUUUAAUAAACAUGUCCAUAAAUGCUUCUUAACAGAAUUGCAAGCAUUGAAAGUUUAUGUAUAAGAAUAUUUUCUGUUAGUUCUGGUGAUAUUGUUUAUAUUUUCUCAUCUUAAGGCUCCUGGAUUCUCGCCGCGACCAUUUAAAUUGUGACGUUAGAAGUGAGAAAGCACAUGCUGAAAAUUCUUUGAUGCCAUUUUUAAAUUAAAAGAUAUAGGAGCCUUAAUAGUUUAUGCAGAAUAAUCUCAAUAUGAAUGAACUUGUGAAUAGAAUUAUGGAUGCGACAUCGCAAAUAGGAAAUUCUCCUGGCAAGAUAAAGUGAACUGUUGGAUCCCCUUACACAGGACAAGUUUUUAUAUUGAAUUUGCAGGAGAUAAUUUUGUAACAGAAGUAAUACUUUUAUAAAUAAACAAGUUAAAUUAUAAA